UUUGGUACAUAUGCAUUUACACUGGCCGGAAGUUUGGUGACCUGUAUUGACUAUCGCUGCAGAAAAUUCUUGUUGCUAUUGUAGUAACGCUAGUGUCGUUAGUGACACCAGCAUCACACUGCGGAUUACAUUUUUCUCUGUGGAUAGGACACUAAUAAGCAGGUACACUGGAAUUUUCGGACACCCACUCGGACAUGUCAUAUGUCUUCAUCAAUGACUCAUCACAAAGUAGCGUGCCUAUGCUGCAAGCAUGCAUUGAUGGAGAUCUGGCCUUUGCUAAACGUCUCCUGGAGACCGGCUGCGACCCCAACAUUCGGGAUAUCCGUGGCCGCACUGGCUUGCACCUAGCUGCUGCACGAGGGAACGUAGAGAUAUGCCGCUUCCUGCACAAGUUCGGUGCGGACCUCUUGGCCACUGAUUACCAGGGUAACACUGCCCUACACCUCUGCGGCCAUGUGGACACCAUCCAGUUCCUGGUAUCCAACGGCUUGAAGAUUGACAUUUGCAAUCACAAUGGGUCCACACCGUUGGUCCUGGCUAAAAGACGGGGUGUGAAUAAAGAUGCCAUCCGUCUCCUGGAGGGUCUGGAGGAACAAGAGAUGAAGGGCUUUAACAGAGGAGCCCACUCUAAACUCGAGACCAUGCAAAUGGCUGAGAAUGAGAGUGCUAUGGAAAGCCAUUCUCUGCUCAACCCUAACCUUCAGAAUAGCGAGGGGGUGCUAUCCAGCUUCCGCACCACAUGGCAGGAGUUUGUGGAGGACCUUGGCUUCUGGAGGGUCUUCGCGCUGCUGGUGGUGAUUGCUCUGCUAUCCCUGGGUAUUGCCUAUUAUGUUAGUGGGGUGCUGCCCUUCUCUGCCGGCCAGCUGGAGCUGGUACACUGAGAGGUGAUCAGACCACACCAACCGAGGGACACAAGUGGGAGGAGGAGGCUGCUGGAGUUACCACGGAAACUGAUGUGCAACACGCAUAGGUAAUAGUAGAGGGAACCUGGGCUUGAGGACGCUUGAGAAUGGGCUUGAGUUUAUUCAUAGGUGCACACAUACACGCCAAUCAACAAGGCACACGUCCAGAUAGAUGAUCAGAAUGUCAUAACAAUAUGGCUAUACUGUACUAGGGAGGAAUCCAAUAUCCAAAGCUACUUAUUAUAGCAAUGAAUGAUUAUUAUUUCCUUGCUGGCACAUCUUCACUCCUCACUAUAUACCAGUAUAUAAGAAAAUGUUCAUUCCCAAUUGGGAUAGACACCAGUUGUAUGAAUUGUAAUGUCUUUUUUUUAUUAUUAUUCCUAGGGAUAGCUCUCUAUGUGUGCAAAAUGUUCUGUAUACAAUAUGUUUGUAAGUAGUUUUUGAUGUAACAUAAUUAGAUCAUCAUUAUGAUUUGCCUUUAAAUUACAAUAAAUCUUAAAAAUGA